CCCCCCCUUCCUUCGCCCCCCUACCAAACCGAGCCACCUUCAGUCUUUAAUCCUUACUCUCAUUCAUUCACCUUAUUCACUCCUUUCUGUUCUAUGCUUCGUCUUCGUCCUCCGACCUGGCGCCUUUGAGACCUGGGAUCUUGCCAAUUUACCAUUCCCCUUGCUUCUCCCACGGUCGCGCUGGAUUAAACUCACCCUCCUCCCUGUUUCUUUGAUCGUUUCGACCGUUGCCCGGACAUCUCUCUCUCUCUGCCUCUUCAGUAGGCUGCCGCUCGCUCCCUUACAGCUUCAAUAAGCCCACACUCGCUCAUUUUAUUCUGCUUGCAACUUGCUCGGGUCGUUUCAGAUCUUCUAUCGAAACCCCUUCCACUCGUUACUUUCUAGCUCAUCGUGCUCGAUUCGGCCCGUGUUUCACUUGCAUUCGGUUGCCCUUCGAGACGCCCUUCGAUUUCUUUGUCCAUCGCCUGUGAAGGAUUUGGACAACUUCAAUUCUCCCAUUGGAAGAAAACGAAAAAGAAGAAGUUUGUUGCGACUGCGUCCCAACAUCCUGUACUUUGGAAUCAACCCGUGACGAGUCUUGGACCUUUGACGAAGCCGCGAUAUAUCGGAUAUUUUCGACUUCGACAGCCUCCACCACUCCGCGAAACCUAUCUUUGCCUGAAGGGUUGACAGACGAGGACAUUGUUGAACUCGUUCUGUACCCUCCGGCACCCGGACGCCCUAUCAUCUGAAUCUUUCUUGUCGCACAGGACCGAACCAAGAUGCGCGCCAACACCCUUUCCCUUCUUGCGGCCUUCGCUGUCGGAGGUUUCGAGCUGGCCACUGCCGAGCACGUUGAACACCCCCGUUAUCUUCCUCGCGAGGUGAAGCGAAUCGUUAAGAACGGCACAUUGACAACUCGGACCGAUAACUCAUUGAGUGCGCUUUGGCAAAGUAUCGAGGACAGCUUGACUGCUCAGCCCACCCCCACCAUCACUUCUGCCGCUGUGACGCCUACCUCUACCGAUGUAGCGAAGCAGGUUAUUGUAGUGAUUUCCUCGGACGCCGAGGGCCACGUUCACACUCUUACGACCUCUACGGAAAUCAUUUCGGCUGCUCAGGCUACGGCAACUACCAGCACGGCAGCUACCAGCGCGGACAGCUCUGCUUCGACUACCACGUCGGCUACUUCCGCGGCGGCCACCACUAGCGACUCCCUCCUCGGCGAUGUAUCCAAUCUGCUUGGUCUUGGAAGUUCCAGCGCUGCCUCUUCCUCCGCCACGGGCUCUAGUGCGGUUUCCACGACGGCCACUUCCAGUGCAGCCACCUCUACCAGCGACUCCCUUCUCAAUGCAGUUGGUUCCGACGUUUCCAACCUACUUGGAGCUACCGGUACGAACUCCAGCACCACCGCGACCGAGACCGCUACCAGUUCCCAACAGUCGACUACCGCUGCCACCACCUCUUCCCAGGGUAGUCUCCUUGAGAGUCUCGGCAUUUCCAUCCCCGCGGCUGAAACCACCACCACUCCCACUGGAUCUUCCACCAUCGCGGUCAGCGUCCCUGCCGUGUCUCCCACAGCUAGCCCGACUGCGACCAGCACCAGUGGCGAUCUCCUUGGCUCAGUUGUGAGCGGGCUUACCAGCGGAGUUGCUUCGCUUCUCCCCAAUGCCACCGAGACUGGCUCUACCGGUAUCGCUUCGCUUCUUCCGAAUCCCACCGAGACUGGCUCUACCGGCACUGGUAUCGGUGUGAUCCCUACCCCGGGUGUGGCUACCACCAGCGGUGUGCCUCAUGCGUCGAUUCCUCUGACCGUUUCUGGCACGACCGCGACUGGAACCGCGACUGGAACCGCGACCUCGAUUGGAAUCAUCCCCACUCCUCACUUGCCUGGAUCCGGCUCUGGCGUUCCUUCUGGCUCUGCUGUCAUUCCUACUCCCACUGCCACCCAGGAGACCUCCAAGGUUCCUACAACUUCCGUUGCUGUGCCCACCACCACCGCGGAGCCUGCCACCACCAUCGCUGAGCCUUCCACUACCAAGACCGCCGAGCAGUCCAACACCAACAACUGGAUUCCCUCCUCCAUUCUCGUGCUGCCGACUUCGACUCCUUCCGAGAGCACUAGCACCGGUACCAACAGUGCCAGCACCGAGCCUACUACUCUGCCCGGUUCCAUCACGCCGUCCAACGGUGUCUCUGAGGCUCCCUCCGACUCGUUGCUGCUUCAGCUUGGUUUCGAUGCUCACCUCCCUUGGACUUUCGUCGCUACUACUCCUCUGUCUUCUUCACAGAUCUUUGAGUACAUCCCCAUGGCCCUGAAGAACGCCAUGCCCAAGGUCUCUUCCACCAUGUGGGCUCUCGAGCCUUACUACUCGUGGCAGACCACCGGCUACAACGCUACCCUGGCUAUCUUCUACUUUCCCCGUGACCAGAUUCAGGCCCUCAAGGAUCUCAAGCUCAACCCCAACUCCGCUCUUUACCAAUCGUCCGAUGAGUCCGUCAAGACUCUGAUGUCCAUGGUCGACCCCUCCAUCCCGCUCGAGUUCGCCGGCAACUACCCGUCCUCGGAUGGUUCUUCGUCCUCCAGCACUAGCGGUAGCUCGGGCAGCAGCAGUGGUGGCAGCGAUGGCAGCAGCAACACUGAUGGCUCUGGCAACUCCUCCAAGACCAAGGCUAGCUCCGUUGGCAUUGGUGUUGGUGUCGUUGCCGGUGCCGCUGCCUAUGGUGCUGGUAUGUUCUGGGUUGCCCGCCGUUACCGCAAGAGAAAGCAACUGCACAAGCGCUCCAGCUCCACUGCCGAGCAGAUGAGCCAGGGCUCCGCCGCCGGCUCUCUCUUUGCUGCUGGUGGUCGUAUGUCCGGUAGCCAGCGCACUGCCCGUUCCGGACAGAUGAUCAGCGCUCCAGUCAUGGCUGAGAACUCCCUGGGCUGGAACUAGAUGUUCGAAAUUGUCCAAAACAAGACGGAUUAGACUUGGCCUUGUUUUGCUCCACCUCUUUUCUCUUUUCCUCUCUCUCUCUCUCUCUCUCUUUUUCUAAUCUCCCCUGCCAAUUGCCUCCGGCAGAUCAGACCUCCGGAGUGUUCUUUGACGGCACGCCAUAUUGCCUCGUCGAGGUCGAGUCUGUGCUCAUCUCCAUGGUUGGCCCGCCCAAGAGGCUGGAGGGAUUCGAGUGGGGAAAACUGCACAAAACUUCCUUUCAUUAUCCAUCAUCCAGGAUAUAUAUGUCAUACACAUAUCACGUAUCUUUUUCUCUGUGAAAUUUUUUGACUGGCCAUUAACCUCCCUUUCUCUGGGUUGAUCAGAUACUACUCCGCGUUCAAUCCCUCGAACGCAGCCCCAUGUAUCUUAUCUCAUCUCAUCUUUUUUUUUUCUUCGGAAUAUUCCCCCUUUUGUUUCUACCUAUACCUUUCUCCUUUUUCUCCCCAUAUAUCUUGUCUUUUUAUUUUCUAUGGCACUGUGACAAACCUGAAUGAGACGAACUGAUUUCCUCCCUCCAUUAAUUCUAUCCCGUUCCUGUUCCCUCCCUCUGUGCCACUGAAAAUGACCUUUCUCUGCCCAUCUUCAUUGGCCAUAGUCCUAUCAUGUUCCGAGUCUCCAGUCUCGUGCACGUCGCUCUUGCCAGAGCUUUAAUGGGUUGGGUGGCUAGGAUUUCUCACGAGCCGACGCUAGUUCCCUGCCUUUUGUUUUUCGUCUCGACAGUCUACCUGGUGGGUUGGCAUCUAUCUGUUUCUAUGUUUUUGUUUUUGUCUCUGUACAGAUGGUAUGAGGCGUGGCAUGUAGAGGAAGUUUUGAGCGAGAAUGAGAGUUGUAGAUUGUCUAUCAUUGCCGUGCUUUGUAGAGUACAGG